AUGCUGCUGUGCGUGUCGAGACAUCAGCAAGAGCUGGUGGGGUACGCGUUCAGGGGAAUGCGGGCGUGCCUGAGGCGGGAUAAGCGAGGGGAGGUGGUGGCGAGCGAGGCGACGGAGCGGGCGAUGGGAUCGUUUUGGUCGUACUUUGAAGAGAAGUGGACGACGCAUCUGAGCGAUGGAGACGACGCGAUCGUGAAGGAUUUCAUGCUCGAGGUGCACGAUGGGGAGUACAUCGUCGCGGCGAGCGCGACGCCGUUGGAUGGGUCGUCGGUCGCCGCGGGAGGGGCGAUGCGAGAGGACGAAGACGGGGCGCCGGCGCGAGCGGCGGCGCGAGCGAGAGGGCGACGCGGAACGGAGACGCAGGAGACGUCGGGCGGGAUUUCGGGAGCGCCUUCGAUGCAGCGCAUCGUGUUACAUCUCGUGCGCACGAAGACGGGCGAGAAAUUGGACUCGUUCACGUUUCGAGACGAUUUCAUGCACCUGCCGCGGAACGGCGCGGUGAGUCUUCGAGGCGACACGCUCGCGGUGUUGUCGAUGAAGCAUCAGCGCGUGAUUUUUCUGCGAGUGCACGAAGAGGGACGAUUCGAAGAAGUCGCAUCGAUCGGUGAGCACAUCACGAACGAGGACAAGGAAACUGUAGCCGCACAAGACGCGCGCGAGCGGGCUUGGAUGGACGCCGAACCGCAAGCGGCGGAGAAGGCGCGAACGCGCGCGACGGGAUUCGCCGCCUCGGGGCGGUCGAUGCUCACCGGAUUGACGCAGCGUUUGGUGACAUCGUUAUAUCACGACGCGCGACGAUCGUCGAGCCCGGACGCGCUGCGACUGUUGCACCGAAACUUUGAGCGAUACGUGUCGUUGGUGAUGCUUCGCGUGCGCAUCCUGGACGCGAAUUUGCUCCUCAUCAAGUUUGGCACGCCCGAGUACGCGCUGGCGCGGCGCGGGGACAACGUCAUCGGGCCGACGAUGUAUGGUGUCUUCGAUCUGAGUAAGAAUGCAUUUACGCAGACGGCGACGAGCAUGAGCGAUACGAAUGGAAUGGUGGACGAAGAGUUAAACGCUCCGCCGCGCGGCGAUUUUCCCUGGGCGCGCUUCGCGGGGAGCCAAGGAGAGGCGCUGGCUGUGUGUAACACGUCCACGGCGGAGAUCGAUGACGACGAUGAGGAUGCGUUCAACACCAUCGCCACGCGCUUGUUCCGUACGCAAGAUUACCCACCGCAGUUCAGGUCGCUGUCGCCGUACUUUGACAAGAGGCUCUUCUCUUACGACGAGCGCACGAUCACCGCCAUCGACCGCUUGCAGCCGCACGUGGACUUUGGCAUUAAAUUCGUCAGCGCGCAACAGGGUCAACGGCGUCGCGUGAGUUUCAAGUUAAUGCUGAACAACUCCCUGGCGAAUAACGGACGAAGCAAGCGACGCGUGCAGUACGUUUUUCAUCCCGUGUACCCGUUCGCGAUGUCCAUUUCCAUCGCGUACAUGCAACCGACGCUGGUGAACUUUCACGUGCGCUCGGCGCCAGGGGACGAGUUGCUCGAGAUAACGCGCGCGGGACUUUUGUAG